UUUCUUUUUCUUUCCUAUAUGGGAGACCAGCAAGAGAAAGAGGACUCUUGCCUAAUCCUACGAAGGCACGCCAUACGUGUCUUAAAACCAACACGCCAAUACUUAGUGCCUCACAUUGUACGAAGCACUAGUUGCGAAGAUGACGACCAUUUGGAUCCUUCUGUCGCUGCUCUUCGCUGUACAUGCUUUGCCGGACGUUCACGCCUACACAUCAAGUAACCCAUUCUGCUACCGACUUGUUCCCCAUGAAAUAACGGCCGUACAGACACCGUGCAGGUAUCCAUGCUUGCUGCUCUCAAGCAACGUGCAGCCUGCACUACACGUUCAAUACGAAAUGGACGGGGCGCCAUGCAUUAUUCCGGGCAGCCACCACGCGGGACAACAUGAGGUUUCGCACUGCAUGGACGGGGUAUGCCUGCAGCGAAAGGCAACCCACGGGCUAAAACGCUCGAAAAGGGCAUGCCUACUUCUUGGAGUAGCAGCCUUGAAAAUAAUUAAGAAGAUCAAGGAAGCCAAAAAAAGACGAAGGGAUAUGGAAAUGGCUAGGGAAGCUGCUUCCUAUGGAGGUUCAAGCAGUGAAGACGAGACGGCAAGCGAUGGCGGAGCCAACGGAGGCGUCAGUGGAGCCUUCGCUGGAGGACGGGGAUCUAGCCCACGAAGCAUAGGAGUCGGCAGUGGCCCUGGUGGAUCUAUUCAGGGUGGAUUUGGAGGAGCCAACGUAGGUGCUGCUGGAAUGUUUCCAGGGAGGUUUGGAGGAGUCUACAGACGCACUAGCGGCGCGCCCUCUUAUUUGUCCCCGAAUGGUGGGGAAGGAGGCCCUAAUAGUGGCGGACCUACAGGUUCCGGGCGGACGAAUGCUGGCGACGGAGGCAUGGGAAGUAGUGGAGAACCUGGUUUCACGUCAGAAAAUUUUGGCCCGUCGAACGGCAGACGCUUUGGUUCAGCAUACACAAGUUCUGGUGGAAAUAGUUACGGCAGUUUUGGAGGCGACAGCGGCGACUACCAGCCAAAUAAGCUAAAGUGAUUACAAGAAUUGCCUGUGAGGAUCAUGUAAUACAAAGACGUUUAAUCAUGACUCGCACGAUGCAGAUUAUAAAUAAAUGUC